AUGGGGGCGCGGCGGCUCAAUCUGGUGACGUGGCUCCUCGCCGUCGUCGUCCUAGCCCUUUUCGCCCCGCCGUGUGCCGCCGCGCAGGUCAAGACAACCGACACGCGCUGGAGCUUCCACCUCCCUUUACCCAGCGGCAUCAGCGGCGCCGAGAGCCUUGCCUUCGACGGCAAGGGCGAAGGGCCCUACGCCGGCGUCUCGGACGGCCGCGUCCUCAAGUGGGGCGGCAGCGCCGUCGGCUGGACCACGUUCGCGCACAGCGCCAACUACAGGAGGAUACCCCUGUGCACGCCGGGCGCGGUGCCGUCGGUGGAGACCGAGAGCAUGUGCGGCCGGCCCUGGGCCUCCAGUUCCACUUCAAGACCGGCAACCUCUAUAUUGACGACGCCUACUUGGGGCUCAUGA